AUGGCCGGCCGCAGUUGUGGCUGUGGCCCGGGUCACCUGAAUGAGGACAACGCGCGCUUCCUGCUGCUCGCAGGGCUCAUCCUGCUCUACCUGCUGGGCGGCGCCGCUGUAUUCUCGGCGCUGGAGCUGGCUCACGAGCUGCAGGCCAAGCAGCGCUGGGAGGAGCGCCUGGCCAACUUCAGCCGCGGCCACAACCUGAGCCGCGAAGAGCUGCGAGGCUUCCUCCGUCACUAUGAGGAAGCCACCAAGGCGGGCAUCCGCAUAGACAGCGUGCGCCCUCGCUGGGACUUCACCGGAGCCUUCUACUUCGUGGGCACUGUGGUGUCCACCAUAGGGUUUGGGAUGACAACACCAGCCACAAUAGGAGGGAAGAUCUUUCUGAUCUUCUACGGUCUCGUUGGAUGUGCAAGCACCAUCCUCUUCUUCAACCUCUUCCUAGAGCGGCUGAUCACAGUCAUCGCCUACGUCAUGAGAUCCUGUCACCAACAGCAGCUGCAGAGACGUGGGGUAGUGACCCAGGACAACAUGAAGGCCCCUGAGAAGCGUGAGGUCGACAGCCUGGCCGGCUGGAAGCCCUCUGUGUACUAUGUCAUGCUGAUCCUAUGCCUGGCAUCCGUGGUCAUCUCUUGCGGAGCCUCGGCUCUGUACGCCACCAUGGAAGGCUGGAGCUACUUUGACUCUCUCUACUUCUGUUUCGUCGCUUUCAGCACCAUUGGCUUUGGGGACCUGGUCAGCAGCCAGAAUGCUCAGUAUGAGAGCCAAGGACUCUACCGAUUUGCCAACUUCUUCUUCAUCCUCACAGGCGUCUGCUGCAUCUACUCCUUGUUUAAUGUCAUCUCCAUCCUGAUCAAGCAGACUGUGAACUGGAUCCUGAGGAAGCUGGAUAGUGGGUACUUCCCACAAUGUCAAAGAGGACUCCUGCGGUCCAGGAGGAAUACGGUGAUGCCCGGCAACAUCCGGAACAGGGGCAACAUCUCCAUAGAGACGGAUGGGAUGAUGGAGAGUGACACGGACGGGCGACGUCUCUCGGGGGAGAUGAUCUCCAUGAAGGACACCAACAAGGUCUCAUUGGCUAUCCUGCAGAAGCAGCUGUCCGAGAUGGCCAAUGGUGGACCCCACCAGUCCAAUGCAUCCUUCAGGGAUGAUGAGUUCUCGGGGGGUGUGGGGGCCUUUGCAGUGAUGAAUAACAGGUUGGCAGAGACAAGCGGAGAUACGUAGGAACCAGGAGUAGCUACUAGAUGAAGAGACCCAGGGACAGGUGGAGGACAAGACACUGUCAAGCCCCCAGUGAGCUGAGCUGUGUGCCUGGCUGUUGCUAUUCGCUUCUCAAGUCCAGCUUUUGAAAUCUGAUCUUGACCUCAGGCAACAGCAACCUCUCAAGGUUAGGGACUGGAGCCUCCUUGCUCUUCUUUUACUCUUGAAUUCCAAGUUUUAUAAUGCUGAGGUCCUCACCAUCCCCCAGAGUUUUAAUUGUCUGCAGGAGAAGGGUUUCCCUUCAGCUUUAAUUUCCCCAUGAUGGGAUAUCACUUGGGAAGGAAAGCCCUGAAGAGCCUAAUUCUAGCCUGGAACUGUGAAUGGCUGAAUUCAGCACUUCACCAACCCCCAUCUGGGCCUCCCACGCAUAUUUGUUGUUGGUUCCAUAGAUGGGAAAAAGCAUCAAGUCUUCUCUUUAUACCCGCUUCUCGGUUUAGGAGUCUUUUGUUUAUUGUUUUCUUUUGUUUGUUUUGUUUCCUGUUUGGCUAAUGUAUCUUUGGGAAUCUUAUGUAAUAAGAAAAUGAAUUCAUCUUCAAGACAUUAAGCCGCAGUAGGGUGACAGCAGGGAGUCAAGGGAGGAAAGCAGCUCCCUGUGUAACUAAAGCCCUCAGCUUACUUAAUGUGUUCUCUUUGAAUGACUACACAGACUAUCAUUUUACCAGGGCUUCGAGCCUGUUGUAGAGGCAACUGACUAUUUAUUAGAACUGAAAUUUUAAUAAAUUCUCAUUUUGUUAACUAA